CACGGGUCACUCAGGACUAACAUCAUGACUUGUAGCGCCCCUCAUCUUCAUUUAAGUGGCCGAAGCUCCACAACUUCAAGCAAGCUUUCUUCAACUUCGUCCCAUCCAACCGCCCAAACUCCGUUCGCCCCUAACGCGAAAAAUCCGUAAAUUUACUAUCCUAGGUAGCCUAUUAAGUCCUAUUUCGCGUCCGGCGACAAGAGCAUACAGCACUGUCUCAGCCUUCGUGGGGGCCAAGUUAUCUCCAUACUCCGAAGCCGAGUUUUGGACUUGACUAAGUCUAGUAUCGAGCUUCAACAAGCAAAGGGGUUUCACUACUUAUACUUUCAACUAGUCGGAUAAAUCCCACCUAUCCCUUACAUACCUACAAUUCUUGCACAGCAUAUAUCUACCAACUCGUAGAUAUAUACCUCAAACCUCAUCCCAUACCUCCUAAGUAACACAAAACAACCCCAAAAAUGGCACCCCUCUACAAAAAGGCCCUCGUCAUCGGCGCCACAUCGGGCAUCGGACAAGCCUUCGCCUCGAAGCUACACAAAGACGGCACAUCCGUCAUAGUGACAGGGCGGCGUCGCGAGCGUCUCGACGCCUUCGCGUCAUCACACCCCGGUUCCUCAUCCGCAGUCCUAGACAUCACACAGCUUUCCUCGAUCCCGUCCUUCGUCAGCACCAUCACAAAAGAGCACCCGGAUCUCGAUUGCGUGAUCCUAAACGCAGGAAUCCAACGCCGGUUCGAGUUCUCCCAACCUGAAAGUGUGGAUCUGACCACCUUCGAUGACGAGUUCACCACAAACUACAUUUCCUUCGUACAUUUCGUCGUCGCCUUUCUACCCUUUCUGCAGGGGCUCAGUAAGCAGGGGAAAGAAACACAUAUCGUGUUCGUGAGCACAUCGCUCGCUCUGCUCCCUACACUAGUCCGCUGCCCCGGGUACUGCGCGAGUAAAGCCGCGCUGCACAGUUGGAUCACCACCGUGCGCCAACAGUUAAUCGAUGCGGGGUACGCUAAUAUCAAACUGACCGAAGUCUUUCCGCCCGCCGUGCAGACCGAGUUGCAUGAUACCAAGCACCAGCCCGACUUGGUGAAUGGUGGAGAUUUGGGUAUGCCGUUGGAUCAGUUCAUCGAUGCUAUGUACGCGGGCUUGGAGAAAGGUGAUCAGCAAUUCGCUGUGGGACCUGCUCAGCAAUUCCUUGAGGAAGGCGGUUUUGAGGCGCAGAGGGUUAAGGCGUUCCAGCAUGGACAUCUGGUGACUAUGGGUGCUGUGGGCAAGUUCUUGAAGAAUGCGAACUAGGUUACUUACCAGUAUGUCUUGGAAUUAGUAUAGGUAUGUGGAAAUGAAUGAAUAAAA